UCUCCAUCGAGACGGUGAACGCAAAAUGUGUGUAGCCGGUGUAACCCGGCCCGGCCGUCUCCGUGCCGUGCCGGCCGGGAGUGGUCCCUUCUCCCCCGCACCCCCACACAGAUAAGGCGGUCACGACGUGUGUACGCAGACGGGCCGGCGGGCAACAUACUGGGCCCGGCGCGGCCGGCACUGCCGUUCAAAGCCGCGGCAUGGCCACGAGCCCUCCGCGGUGGCCUCGCCCGCGCCCGCGCCGCCUAGUGAGCAUGCUCUGCGUCAGGCGCAAGUGGCUGGACAGGCUGGGGCGGUGGUUCGUCCCGGUCAACCUGCGCCGGCUGCUGCAGGCACAGGGCGCGCUGGACGCGGUUGUCGCCUUCGCGCUCACCGUCUUCUUCCUCUGCGAGCUGGCGCGCCCCGGGACGUUCACGUCCAGGGACACCCUCCGGCACAUGUCCAAGCAGGAGCUGCGGCGUUACCUCGCGUUCUACCUGUGGUACGCCUUCAUGUACCUGGCCCAGAUGACCGUAUCCUUGCUCCUCUUCAUAGACGUCCGGAAUGUCAAGUACAACGUGGACGGCAGGAGACGAACCGUCCUUGCAUUUCUCGUGUUUUCGCCGACACUGUUCAUCAACCUGGUCCUCUCCGCCGCCAAUGUGAUGUACUUCCCCUGGGCGCCACUGGGCCUCUUUUACACACUACACACCCUACUGGUCGCCCCUUAUUGGCUAUACGCCUUUCGGUACUACCACUGGCUCGGCGACGGCGAGCUUGUCCUCUUUGAAGCACCCCUAGUGGGAUUCGAGACGACCUCUAGGAGGGAAGACCGUGGGGUAUCAGAGCCCAUGACCGACGUGCUUAAAGAGUUUGUCAUGGCAGACGGUUGGGCAGAGACCUCGAGAGCUCUAGAUCCAUCGGAAAGGCCACAGCUGGGUGACGCGUUGUCCUCAGAGGUUUCUGUAGCUCGGUUGGUGCCCAUUGACGCAGAAGAGUACCCACUUGCAACGGUUGCAACUGUGCACCGGGUCUCGUAAUCGGUUAUAGCUAAGGCUCAGAAAGUCCACGAGGCUUUCGGAAUCUACGCAAACUCGUAAAUAAUAUCGAGUUUUUCACCAACGAUACCUGUAUUUAUUUUAGUGUUUAAGAGGUGCGAUUACAUUAUUCUCAGCGAAAUUAUACAAUGUCAGAUUUCAAAGUAGUGUUUGUGAGAUUGGGUACCUUCCUGUUUUAUUCCAACCAACCCCUAUAAUAAAACCAGACCCACCAA